UCUAGGACGCCGGCGCCCCGCACACCCACCAUGGAUCUGCUGCUGUUGGUGAACACGAGCCUGGGCUCCCCCAACGAGUCCCUGGCGCUGCCCCCCGCCUCGCCGUCCUCCUCGGCCCUCCUGCAGCCGCCCUCCCCCUACUCGCCCGCGGCCGUGGCCAGCCUGGCGGCGGUGGUGGGCUUCCUCAUCGUCUUCACCAUCGUGGGCAACGUGCUGGUGGUCAUAGCUGUGCUCACCAGCCGGGCGCUGAGAGCCCCCCAGAACCUCUUCCUGGUGUCCCUGGCCAGCGCGGACAUCCUGGUGGCUACCCUGGUCAUGCCUUUCUCCUUAGCCAACGAGCUUAUGAAUUACUGGUACUUCGGCAAGGCUUGGUGUAACAUUUACCUGGCGCUGGACGUGCUGUUCUGUACCUCGUCCAUCGUCCACCUGUGCGCCAUCAGCCUCGACAGGUAUUGGUCGGUCACACAGGCGGUGGAGUACAACCUCAAACGGACACCGCGGCGGAUCAAGGCCAUCAUCCUCACCGUGUGGCUCAUUUCAGCCAUCAUCUCCUUCCCACCAUUGAUCUCCGUGUACCGGGACCCUGAAGGAGACGUCUUUCCCCAGUGCAAGCUCAAUGACGAGACAUGGUACAUCCUUUCUUCUUGCAUUGGCUCUUUCUUUGCCCCCUGCCUCAUCAUGGUGUUGGUCUAUAUCCGCAUCUACCGCGUGGCCAAGCUAAGGACCAGGACCCUCUCUGAGAAGCGUACGAUGCCAGAGGGGUCCUCCCAGACUGAGAACGGCUUGAGCCGCGCUGCUGGCGGCUGCACGUCCCUGAGGAUGCAGCUGGGAGAGAACGGACAUUAUUCGGUGCACCACUGGCGCAAAGCCUCUGAGCUGGAGGACAUUGAGCUGGAGGAGAGCAGCACCUCAGAGAGCAGGCGGAGGCGGAGCCGGGAGGAGCAUCGCCGCAAAAGCAAGAGCCAGUCCUUCUCCUACUCGUACUCCUCCAAGCACUCCAGUAGCCGUCUGUCCCGUGCGAGCAAUCGCUCCAUGCAGUUCUUCUCGUAUCGCCGGCGCCGGAAGCGUAGCAGCAUCUGCCGUAAGAAAGUUGCCCAGGCCCGGGAGAAACGCUUCACUUUUGUGCUGGCUGUGGUCAUGGGGGUCUUUGUAGUUUGCUGGUUCCCUUUUUUCUUCAGCUACAGCCUCUAUGGUAUUUGCCGGGAGGCAUGUGAGGUCCCUGAGACUCUUUUCAAGUUCUUCUUCUGGAUUGGGUAUUGCAAUAGCUCCCUCAACCCAGUCAUCUACACCAUCUUCAACCAGGACUUCCGCAGGUCCUUUAAACACAUUCUUUUUAAGAAGAAGAAGAAGAACUUCCGGCAUUGAGCUGGAGGGAUGGAUUUGCCUCGAGCAGGAGCAGAGUUAAAAGAGAAGGCUCAAUGCUGGAAAAGAAGGGAGGGGAGAGAACAUGGGGCUUGGGCUUAGGGAGCGGGAAGAGGGCUCGCCCCCUCGAUGGAGCAGGGUGAUGCUGUGGGGGACAGGGAUGGUGUCAGGGAGGCUGAGGGCACUCACCAUGGUACAGAAUGGUGACAUGGUGCUGGGGGAGCAGUGCUGGAGUGUGGAGGGGUAAAGGGGGAGGGAGUGACUGAACGCUGACAGAGGGCAUGGGGAGCACACAGACGAAAGUAGGCUGAGACCCUGAGUCUGGGAGGCAGAGAGCUUUCAUGGGCUCUGGAAUUUUGUGGGGAAACAAAAAGAGACAUCAGAAGGAGAGGGUUAAGUGGCAGUGGUGGUGGAGAUUUGAGUAUAUAUAAAUAGGGCAGCUGGGGCCUAUGGUGUAUUUGUCCCAGUAAGAAAUUGGCUUUUACUUCUUGUGUGGGGAAGGAGAGUGCAAAGUACCAGGCAUUGACAGUGUUUUGAGUUAUGAAAGGAUUUAAAUGUUUGCCAAAAAAAAACCCUAAAGAACAAUCCAAACUCUUUUCUAAAUAAACCUUUGUACUGUUAAAACCUUCUGAAUCAUGAUUUUGCUCAAGGGAUAAAGUCAAACAAAGCAAGGGGUUUUCUUUUCCUUUGGAGGGGUCUUUGCCUAUAGAUCUGGAUGGGAACUAUUUUUCCUAUCUUCCCAUAGUUUUUGAUUAGUCAGUGAGACAAACCUGGGAAUCUUGCAUUUUUUCAUGAAAUAUGAAAAAGAAUACAUAUACCCCAUGACCUCAUUUCCUCCUGCUGGAUCACCAGGCAGUAAAUUCCUGCUCCAUCCUUCUCAGAUCAGUGACCUAAGGACCUUGCUGUCCUGGAGCAGCUAGUGAAAAAAAAAAUCAUUCUGGUGAACUUGCCUAAAAUUUUUUGAGAUAAAUUUUUUAAAAAAUCAAGUUUCCACUUCUGUGUGCCCAGGGGGAACUUUUCCUCCCCUUUUUUUUUCAGUCUCCCUUCAAAGGCUAAUCUCAGGGCUGGAUGCAUGCUCCUCAUUCUCAGGCAGGCAGUUGAAGGCAUUCUGAUAUGCAGGUUUUCAGAGGAAGAGCAAUCACCCCACUACUAAGAUUUUUAAAUCCUUCAUAUUUACAAUCUUAGAGGAACUAAAUCCUUUAUAUUUAUUUUUUAAUGAGAAGCAUACAUUGCAGAUUGUCAGUGGUGUAUGUGAACAAAUCUCAAAAGGAGGUGCAGCUGUUCCAAACCUUUGGUGUUAAUGUUGCUUGCUUUCCCUUCUUCUUUUUGCAUUUCUAGUUUAUGAUUUUAGAGGAUUUUCUUGGGAGGAGAGACAGAAGAGGGGAGAAUAGUUUGAAAAGUUAUUAAAGCAAACUAUAUUUCCCAUGGGUUUAUAAAAUGUCAUAAAGUGCAAUGAACAAAAUGAGAGACAGGGACUGGUGUCCAUACAUUCAUCACUGAAUUCAUACAAAGUGUAAAAGUGAGCUGAGCAUUUACAUCCUUUCUUCAUCUGUGCUGCUGCAAGGUGUGUAUUUUGUUUGUGGGGCAAAUAAUGCUCCUUUCUGUGUUUAUCACUCCUUUCAUAGGCAGCAGCAUUUGGCAUCUGCCUCAAAUGCACCUUUCCACAGCAAACAGUUCUUGGGAAAAAAAAAGAGUGAAAUCUAAUCACAUAUAACAGACUUCUUUAAACAGCUGAAUUGAAUCUAUAUUGAGGAAUCAUCAGAUAUCCCCUUCCUUACUCCCUCUGUUCUGUCUGAAAGGUGUCUGUAGCCUCUUCUUGUGAAUUCUCUGUAGCGUAAGGAAAAAGGAUAGAGCAGUCACUUUGUUUCAUCUGUGUUUCAUAAUAAGCAUUUGGUUCUCUUAACCCUGGAAAAGGAGACUGUCGGUGGCUGAGGCUCUGGUUGUUCCUUCAAUGGACAGUUUAACUUAAAUUCAAGUGGGAGUUCUGCUGAAGCAGGGAUUAGAUGAUUGCACCAAAUGCAUUAGAAGUUUGCUGGAUUUCGUUAACUAAACUGAGAUAUUUUCAAAGUCCUAAAUCUGUAACUUAUUGUAUGCUUUCUUGCAAUAAGGCUCAGCGUGUGAAAAGAUUUGAGCUUUGUUUAAAUAACAAAUGGUCUGGUACAAAUGCAUACCUGAGACAGAUAAAGGAGAAAUAAAAAUAGCAACUGAGAGGAGAAAAUUACAAGCCAUUUCUUUUCUGCAAAAUGGAGAGUUCUUAUUAAAGUUACAUCAAGAAGAGCUGAAACUUUCUCUUAUUAUUUUUGGGUAACAAUGUAGCUAAAAAGCUCAGGUUUGUUUACUCUGAAGAAACUAUAUAACCAUGAGAGCAACCAAAGCACCAUAUGGUACCUGGCUACUACCUCUGAGCUCCUGGACAGCUUCAUUAGAGGUACCCAUUCCUGCCAAGUGGAGGUCUGCUUUUGUCACUUCAUGCUCCCUUAGAGGGGUUUCCCAGUCUGCAGACUCAUUGGUUUCACUGUUGUGUUGCUUUUGAAAUGAGCUCUGUGGCCUGUAAACACAGUCCUUCCCCCUUUGUUUCCCCUGUAGAAUUCAAGUAGUCUAUGGAAAUGAAAUUCUGACAGUCAGAUUUUAGUGGACAUAAAAUAUAUAUGGAAUGACUGAUGUGCCUUAAAAGUAAGUUUUUUGCAGUAAAAGUAUUCUGUGAUCAUUAUAAAUUUAAAGAAAUAAUGCUUCUAUUUUUUUUUUUUACUUUAAACGUUUUUAAAGGGAUUAAUGCAGAUACUGAAUAUCUAUGAGCAGAAACAUAAUUAAAACCAGGGUAUUUCUAUGGUUUUAAUUUUUCUCGUCACAGUUACUCAUCUGAUUCAAUGCCUCAAGAGAGUCUUAUUUCUUCUGAGCUAAAUAAAAAGUAAUAUUCAUUAAUAAAGAUGUGCAGUUUGCACCCCUUUUAAUUGCAUUUCCCUCUAAAUUAGUGAAUACAGAGGAUUUCUAUAAAAAUUGUUUUUAAUGUAACUACUGAAUAUGCUUCAAGUAAAAUGGGGCUGAUUUACUUUUUUUAAAUACAGUGGUCUCUUGUUACUUGUAAUAGCUGAAGACUGGAAUUUGUAACAUACUGUGUGGUGUUAACUUUCCAUAAAAAGUAUUCAGCUCUGCUACUCACACUGUGGUUGUGCUUCAACUGUAAGCUGGCUAAUAGUGUAUACAGGAGAAAAAUAGUCUAUGCAGCUUUGGCUUAAGAAAAAGGGAGAAGCUAUGUGUAAAAUGUGCUGAGUUGUUUCUUUGAUCAGAUAUGAUAAACUGGUUGAAACACUCACUCUCUACUGUUGUGGAAAAAUGAAAUAUUGCUACUAAGCCAUAUCGAUUUUAACAAGUACUUGAUCUUUAACUCUUCAUUUGUUCAUUUCACCAUGAAGAAAAAUUUCUGUCAGUCUUAA